AUGUCCGGUCGCAAGACGCGAUCCCGCGGCGCUUGCGCCAAUUGCAAAGCGAGAAAGCGAAAGUGCGACCAGACUCGGCCAGCUUGCGUAGCCUGUCAGAGCCGCAAUCAGAUCUGCGACGGCUACCAAUUGAAGCUUCAAUGGGGUUUUGGAGUCGCUUCUCGCGGCCGAUUCGCUGGCUCGGCUGUGCCGACAUUGGAUGUUGGUCCUGAUUCCGAGCACGGAUCUACUGCGUCUAGUAACAGUCAGCCUGUGAACUAUUCUGUUGCUCGCUUCUUGAAUGAUCCACUCGAUGCAGACAAUAGGUUAUCGGCGGACUCGCCACCGCGGCUCUUCAAUACCAAUGAUAAUGCAUACGGCGAUGGAGCUGAGGUGGACGAGAAUGAUUACCUUCUUGCCGAAUUCUUAGAGACAGGCAUCUACAAACUAUUCGCAACCUCAGUAGACGACCGUUUCAUCCAAGAGCUACGCGAGGCUACCAAGCAAUCACCGGCGUUAGUCACCAUGUGCUGCGCCUUUCAACUCAUGUGGGAACACCCAGACACCGAAAGUUCUCAUAAAGAGUUCGAAAACGCAGUACGCAUUUUCCAAGACGAGCUUGAGCAGCGCAACGGCAUCAUUCAGGGCGGGACCCUGUGUGCAGGAUCAAUCCUCUGCACCCUCUCGAUGAUACGGGGUCUACCAUGGACAAAUCAGCUUCACUGUAUGACAGACCUUUACACUUUGAAUGCCAGCCGCUGUUCUGUUGAUCUGGUACCUGAUGCCUUCACAAUUCAUGGGCUUCGGGUUAUUGGUGUCAUGGAUCUCCCCGGUCUUGUAUUUGGCAGAAGAACGCCAAUCAUUGGACUCUGGAGGCGCUUGCGAGAAGCUGAGUUGGCAUCUCCCAACGGCUUGGCGGGUGGUGUAGACACACUCACCGGCAUGCCUCGCUCACUCCUAGACAUUCUAGCCUAUACAGAUCAUCGCACAGCGCAGUUUGCCCUAUGGAAUUGGCACGGCGAGAUGGGAGAUUCCUUGCAAGCACAGUUGUGGGAUGCAUGGAGAUAUGCAGGAAUUCUUUACAGAAACCGAAUUAUAUAUAAAGAACAAUCCCUCGGUGGGAACAUUUCCAAGCAGGUAACAGCCGAAGGAUUACCCAGCACAAAGUAUCUGAUUUGGCGCCUCAUAGCCAGUCUCGAUGUCCUCAGGCUGGCUCUUGACCACCCCACUUCCAAGGGUGUUCUUUAUGGGAACUCGGGCUUUUGGCCUUAUAUCACGGCUCGGUGUGAGUUUGAGCUCUUGAGAGAAAACCCAGAGCUAAAGGUGAAGCUUGAUGGGCUGUAUACUACUCUGAUAUGCGUCUACAAACCGAAGCAAGGAGAGUUUGCGCAGGCAAAGAUCCAAGAAGCCUGGGAUAGAGGAGACACUACGUUUGAUCUUGACGGGGUGAUGUAUGGAAUGAACAUAGAGUUGCCAGGCUUUUGA